AAAGGUUAAUGGUGAGGAAUACACUAUGAAUUCUGGGAAAUGUAGUGCACUAUAAGGUUGGCGGGAGAUGAAGUUCCCCUCCCACUUCCGUCAUGUUACAGAAGCACUUCCUUGUUCUGUCUUUCUGGUGGAAGGUUUCUCUGCUGUUUCCAGCCACAAACAAUAUGGCUUUAUAUAAGAUGAAACUUCUCCAAAGAAUUUCCCCCCCAAGAAGUUUGCUUGCUAAAUGCUACUGGUGUCAUCAGCAGUGCCAUCUUCCUUCACUUGAGAAGAGUGCUACUCAUUUGGCAGAACUGAAUAUCUUUCAGCACAACUGUUUCUGGAAUAGAUUUACAUCUAGUUCAGUAUUUCAUAACUGUUCAAGGAGGUAUCACCAGGCCUCAGGAAGCCUAUGGAAUCAUGAAGCCCUGAAAAAGUACUUAGAAACUGUAAGCCAAGAAUAUCAAAGUAUUGGUCUGUUGUUAGAUGAUUGCACAAUAAAUGAACCCAGAAGAAGAGAUCUUAGUAAAAGACAUGCUGAAUUGUCCCCACUGGCUGUGUUAUUUAGAGAUAUACAAGAAGCAAACAAAGAAAUGCAGGAUUUGGAGGCACUGUGUGCAAAGCUCCACAGUUCAGAAGAGAAAGCACUCCUUGAACUUGCUCUACAGGAAAAUGAAAUUAUUGACCAGAAGAUCAGUGAUCUGUAUCAAAAGCUUUUCCAGAUCUUGAUACCCAGAGAUAAAUAUGAUGAAUGUGAUGUCUUAUUAGAAGUGACAUCUGGCAGGACAACUGGAGGUGACAUUUGCCAACAAUUUACCCAAGAAGUGUUUGACAUGUACCAGAACUAUGCCGAUUACAAAUGCUGGACCUUUGAAAUUGUGAAAUAUACUCCAUCUGACUAUGGUGGGUUACACCACGCAGCUGCUCAUAUUUCUGGAGAGCAUGUCUACAGACAUUUGAAAUAUGAGGGAGGGAUUCACAGAGUACAGCGAAUCCCUGAGACUGGUUUAUCUUCAAGAAUGCAGCGAAUCCACACUGGCACCAUGUCAGUUAUAGUUCUUCCUCAGCUUGAAGAGAUAAAUAUUAAAGUAGACCCAAGAGACUUGCGUGUAGAUACAUUUCGUGCCAAAGGGGCAGGUGGACAGCAUGUUAAUAAAACAGAUAGUGCUGUACGAAUUGUACAUAUUCCCACAGGGAUAACUGUUGAGUGCCAGCAGGAACGAUCACAGCAAGUGAACAGGGAAAGAGCUAUGCAGACACUGAAAGAAAAAUUAUAUCAACAGGCCAUUGAGAGAGAACUGAGCCAGAAGCAGAGUGCAAGAAAGAUGCAGUUAGGGACAAGAUCUCAAUCAGAGAGAAUACGCACAUACAACUUCAAUCAAGACAGAGUCACUGAUCACAGAAUCUCUUAUGAAGUCCGUGACAUCAAGGAACUUUUAAGCGGCAAGGGGCUCCUGGAUGAACUAAUCAACAAAUUGUUGGAAGCUGCAGAGAAGGAAUCUCUGACUGAAUAUUUAGAAAACAAUUUUAAGUCUUCGCAAGGAGACACUUGACUGGAUUAUGAAACAAAAA